AUGCCGCACUCCUUCGGUUACCGCGCGCGUACGCGCGACAUGUUCAAGCGGGGCUUCAAGGAGCACGGCCCCAUCAAGCUGUCCACCUACCUCAUCAACUACCGCAUUGGCGACAUCGUCGAUAUCAAGGCGAAUGCUGCGCAGCAAAAGGGUAUGCCCCACAAGUACUACCACGGCCGGACUGGUAUUGUUUACAACGUCACCCCCUCUGCCGUCGGCAUCAUCGUCUACAAGGUCGUUGGCAACCGCUACAUGGAGAAGCGCGUCAACAUCCGUGUGGAGCACAUCCGGCACUCGAAGUGCAGGCAGGAGUUCCUUGACCGUGUCAAGAGCAACCACGAGGCGCACGCUGCGGCGAAGGCGAAGGGCGAGCGCGUCACCUUGAAGCGUCAACCCGUCCUCCCCCGCGGUGCAGUAACAAUCUCUACGAAGGACAAUGCGCCCCAGACGAUGACGCCUGUACGCUACGAGACGACCAUCUAA